AUUUCAUGAACGCAUCGCAAUCUCCACUUCCGUUUUAUCCCGCCCUCUACGCGGAAGCAAAAAAGUGACACCGGCAAAAUAAUCUUGGGGGGCAAAUUUGCAUCCCUUCAGACCAAAGAAACAGAAGUAAACGGCGUCAAGUCUUCUCCUGAAAGAGAACCGUCUUCAAACAAGGAAAAACAAGUUCAAGAAAAGAAAGUAGCGCCACCUGUUCAAGAGAAAUCUUUAGGAAGGGAAGUAACUCGUACUUCAAGAGAAGAUUCACAAGAGAGUCAAUUAAGUCUCGCUCAGCAAGAAGUCGCAGAACUUAAACAAGUAAUUCUACAGGAAAUCCAAAGUAGCGAUUCCAACAAGAUGUCUCAGCAAGCAUUAUUAUCAGCAGUGGAUCGUCUAGAGGCUGUCGCUGUCAGGUUAGAAGGUCUAGCAGUCAAGACUGGUACAUCUGCACCUAGCUCUAGUGCAGUUUCAGAUGUUGUAGCACCAUAUGUAUCAGCCUUUGAUGAUCUGGUGAAGGGAUCUGUAGGACAGUUUUUAGACUUAUCCAAUAAAAUUGGAGGAGAUGUUGCUAAAAUAGGGGAAAUUGUAUCCAAGGCCUUCCAAGAACAGAGACAACUACUAGUGGUAGCCUCCAAGAGCAAGAAACCAGCUGAUGGAGAUUUAGCCAAGCUGUUACAGCCUUUAUCAGACUGUCUUAGUGCUGCAGUGAAUUUUAGAGAAGGAAACCGAGGAAGUCAGUUUUUCAACCAUUUGUCAGUCCUCAGUGAGUCCUUGUCAGCUCUUGGAUGGGUUUCUGUGGCACCAACACCAGGUCCAUUUGUCAAAGAUAUGGCUGAUGCUGGCAUGUUUUACUCCAACCGUGUUCUGAAAGAUUACAAGGGGAAAGAUGAGAAUCAUGUUAACUGGGUCAAGGCUUGGUCAUCCACAUUGUUCACUCUCCAGAGUUACAUCAAAGAAAACCAUACCACAGGCUUGUCAUGGAAUCCACAGGGCGGUAAUGCCUUAUCUGUUACUAAAUCAGGACCAGCCUCUGGAGGAGCACCACCACCACCGGGUGCCCCACUCCCACCACCUCCACCACCCCCACCAGCUCCUACUCCUGAGUCAGGGGAUAAUAACGGAGGAGAUGACAACCGAGCACAGCUGUUUGAAAGUCUUCAGAAGGGAACUGAUAUUACAAAAGGAUUGAAGAAAGUUACUGAUGACAUGAAAACCCACAAGAACCCCAAACUUCGUGAAGGACCAGUCCCAUACAAGGCCACACAACAAGGUCCAAAGCCUUACUCUAAACCAACAGCACCAGUUACAGCAGUCAAACCAGUCGCCAAGCCUGUGGCAGCUGAUAAACCACCGGUGUUUGAAUUACAGAAUAAAAAAUGGGCUGUUGAAUACCAAAAAGGAAACAAAAACAUUGUUAUAGAUAAUACAGAGUUAAAACAGACAGUUUAUGCCUUUAAAUGUACCGAUAGUACAAUCAUAGUCAAAGGAAAAGUCAACUCUAUUAUCUUAGAUAGCUGUAAAAAAGUAGGAAUAGCUUUUGAUGAUGUUUUAUCCUCAUUAGAAUUUGUCAACUGUCAGAGUGUUAAAGGACAGGUUCAAGGAACUAUGCCAACGGUCUCUAUAGAUAAAACUGAUGGAUGCAUGAUAUACUUAAGUAAAGAUUCACUCAACUGUGAAAUUAUAACAUCAAAAUCCUCUGAAAUGAAUAUAUUGGUUCCUAAGGAUGAUGGAGACUUUACUGAAUUUCCAUUACCUGAACAGUUCAAGACAAUAUAUAACGGCAAGAAGUUUGUCACUAAUUGUACCGACAGCAUUUAAUCAGGAAGUGCCACAAAAGGGGAGACAACUCAUAUCAGGCCAUUCCAAUCACUUUAUUUUCUGACAUCAGAGCUACGAUAUAAUUUCUGCUCAAUGAAAGUAUUAUUAUUUUUACUUUGUACAUUUAUAAAAAAAAAAAAAGACAAAUGUUUCAUAACACACAAUUGAUAUUUUUGUGAUGUUAGUUUCUGUCUCGUCUAUGCAACAAAAAGAUUUAGGAAGAAUGAACUAUUUAUAAAUAAUUAAUAUAAAAUAUUAAAAAUAGAUUGAUUAAAAUGAUAUUGAAUAUAAAUGAUAUUUAUGGUGUUAUAUACUGCAAAAAUUAUAAAGAGGGUACACAAAAAUCGCACUGAUGAAUUUAGAAAAAAUGCAUUCUGAUACGUUUUCUGAAAGAAUUUCUGUUUAUCACAUUAUAUUAGAAAAAAAAUAGCACUAUGCCAGUUUUAAAAUUUGGCAUAGAUCAUAUUUUUGGUUGAGCAGAACAUGAACUUAUUUGCUUGCAUAUAUUUUCAUUUAGUGUAUUAAAAAUAACUUAUAUUUAUUCAUUUUGGGCUAAAUGUUCAUUUAUGAUAUUAUAAAUUGUUAAUAAUAAACUUAUCUCAUUUGUAUAAUUUUGUUAUCUUCAUGAUUGUUUUUUAAGUGACAUGUUUUCAUUGAGUGACAUUAGUUUUUGUAUAGCAACGGGAAACAUUUGAUGGUGCUAGUAUCUUUGUAAUAGAUAUAAACAGUUUGUCCAAUAGAAAUUCAAUUCAUUUUGUCAUAUUUUCUUAGGGAUAGCAUUUUAUGUUAAACAGCAGUUUUAUACAUGAAAAUUUAAAUUACAGAUAAAAGGCAUAUUUUGUUUUUAAACAUUUGUGGAUUUAUAUUUUUUUUAAAUAUGAAAUAAAAAGAUUACGCUAUAGUUUUAUUUAAAAAGAAUUUAUUCAAACAUCUCCACUGCUUGUCUAAAGUCACAACAAAAAACUGAAAUUGAGUGUUUUUUUUAAACUUUUUUUUUUUUAAUUCUAAUGUCAAACAAAGAAAUGCAUUGCUUGAUCUCUAUUAAUAGCUUACAUAUUUGACAAAAAUAGCCAAACGAACAAGUCAUAUUAUAACACUUUUAUGUAUAUUUCACCUGAAGAUAAUUUUAUAUGAUUCAGUAGACUGUGCAAUAUAAAAGUGCUAUCUGAAUAAAAAUUAUAAAUGUA